ACCGAUUUGUCACCGGCCUGAGCUAUUAUGGGUCAUGUGUAUGCUUUAGACUUCGAUGGCGUCCUUUGUGACAGUUGUGGCGAGAGCUCUCUGGCUGCCGUCAAGGCCGCAAAAGUUCGUUGGCCAAGUGUCCUGGCAGGCAUUAGUCCCUCUGUGGAGCAGUGGAUAGUAGACAGGAUGCGUGACGUGAGACCCGUUGUCGAGACGGGCUACGAGAAUGUUCUUCUCGUCCGUCUUCUCCUUGAGAUGAAGCGGUGGCAACUGACAGGCGGUGGUAGCAGCAGUGUGGACGCCGGCAUGGACGGCGCUGCGGACGUCCAGAGGGUGUCCUCGGUUGUUGAAAGCGGACAGUUGAAAGACAUCAACGGAAUUCUUAGUGGAUGGCAGUCGAUAAAACCAGUAAUUAUGAAAGAGUGGGGAGAAGAGGGGAAGAGAGAGGAGCUGGUCGACCUUUUCGGCUCGAUCAGAGAUAACUGGAUGCAAACUGAUCUUGCCGGCUGGUUAGGAACUAAUCGGAUAUACCCAGGCGUUGCUGACGCGUUGAGAUUCGCGGCUUCACCAAUCUACAUUGUGACGACGAAGCAGACCCGUUUUGCGCUUGCUCUGCUGAAAGACUUGGCAGGGGUGGACUUCCCGGAGGACCGGAUCUUUGGUCUUGGGACCGGUCCCAAAGUAAGGGUCCUGGAACAGUUGCAGUCCCGGGCCGAGCACAAUGGUUGCGAGCUCCACUUUGUGGAGGACCGUGUUCUCACCUUGGAGAACGUAAUUCAGGUUCCGACCCUCUCCAAGUGGCACCUCUACCUGGGCACAUGGGGGUAUAACACUGCAGAAGAGAGGGCACGGGCAAUGUCCUGCGGCAGCGGAAGAAUUCAGCUCGUAGAUCUGCCCACCUUUUGUGCAAAGCUGAAGUGACGACGUGCACCAUGAUCCCGUGAGCCCUAUCCCUCCCAAACCCCUCACACACCUUGUCUUUUUUUUUUUCUUCUUGAUUUGGGAAAGUGGACCCAGUCACCCAGGCUCCUAGUGGGGGGGUGAUAUGUGGAUCACGUUAUCCUUAGCUAUUCUUAUUCUUUUAUCUUUUAUGAAACAAAAAAGAAACCAACCA